AAAUUCUGAGACAGCACCGAAACAUCUCAACUUCUACUAUCGCUUCUGCUGUUGCUAUGCCAACGUCAUGUUGUUAAUAAACAGCUGUAUGGAUGUCUUUUGCAAUAAUAAUUUUGUAUUUUAUGCAGUCUGUUAUUUAAUUAAGUUAUAGUACUGCUUAUGUUUUUGUGCUCCUCUUAAUUUUCGUCGUACACUGAUUAAAUUGCAUAUUCAAAUAAGUGGCUCAUUAAAAAAAAAAAAAAAAAAAAAAAAGAAAUUGUGCAUAUUGAAGUAAAUGGAAAUGCAGAAGCGUCAGAAUUUGAAAGUAUCUUGGAAAAAUGAAUUACAUCACCUUGCUGCAGCAAAUUCAAAAGUUGAUUCUUUUAAUAUUUCAAUGAGAAAUUUAAGAGACUUAGCUGAGAAAGAAGCUAAAUUGGUUCAGUGCGCAGUGAGAGAUAUGGAAGAUAAUUUGAUUGAUCCUGAUUAUAUAUUAAAACUAACCAAGAGCAUUCACUCUUCAGAAGACAGAAGUAUUACUGAUUACAUCAACAGAAACACAGAAAUUCUUUUAAAUGAGCAUGCUGCAACUGUCAGGCAGCAAAUGAUAGAAGAUACAAAAAAGGAAAUUCAAAAUGUAAAUGCUGAAGUCAUAAGUGAUGCUGAACAUCUUGAGGGGGACGUUGCAAAUUUUUUGCAACUUAUCCAGACUAGUUACGAGUCCUCCUCUGCUAGUUUAAAAAAAGUUGCUGAUUUAUCAAAGGAUAAUUAUAAAAAAGUUGAACUGAUAAGUGAAACUGAAAGCAGAUUAUUUUGCCUAAGAAGUGAAGUUCUUGAAAUGGAACAGGAGCUCUUAGAAUGCUUAAUGUGCGCUGUAUUUGUGGACAUAUUGUCACCCACGAAAAAUGAAAGGAAACCUUUUCCGAAAUCUAAAGAAUUUUUAAGAAGCUUUGGUCCAACAUGUGAUACUGAGUGUCUACAAAUACAAAAGAAUGUAUUAGAAGAUUUGCUUAAAUCAAGAGACUCGAUCGAAGCAGUAGAUGUGAAUAUUAAAGUGGAAGAUGUUUGUAAAGUAAUCGAGCGCCUGAAAGAGAGCAAUCUCUCCGUAGUUCAUAACAGUCUUUUCAGUAAAAGAUCAUCUGCCGUUGAGAAAAAGGAAGUUAUGAUGGCAAAAGAAAAGCUGCUACAAGAAUUGGAAAUGUGGAAUCAAAAGCUUGCUCAGGCUACUGAAGAAUUAGAAACUGAAAAGAAAAUUUGUAAAGAAUUAAAUGAAAAAGUGAGUCAUCUCGAACAAGAAAGAACUAACAAAGUCAAAUAUCGUGAAAACGAAAUGGAAAAACUAGCUGGCUUGUAUAAACUUUGCACCGGAAGUGAAGCACAUAUUGUUGACCCUGAUUUAAUGAGAACUGCGAUUAAUCACUGGAUAGAAGAGCUUUUAAAUGAAAUGGGGAUGUAUCCUCUCAGAAAAGUAAAAGAAUGUAUCAAAGUUCUUGAAGCAGAAAAGAAACUAAGUGAACGUAAAGCGGAAGAAGCUUUAAGAGCACAGCGCCUUCAGCAAAGAUUACAAAGAAAUGUUAAGCUUUCUACAAAGAAGACCAAGAAAAAGUAAACUUUGGAGCCCCGGCAACUUGUACCUAGGUUUAUCCACUUUGUAGAACUUUGCUUUAAAUAUUAAAUGAGUUUAAACAAUUAAA